AUGGCUGACACACGGAGCGGCAUCGUGGCAUGGUUGAAGACCAACAUGCUGCUGCUUCUCACCAUCGCCGGUGUGAUCAUCGGCGUGCUGCUGGGCUUCGUUUGCCGCUACGCCGAGCCGUCCGACGACACGAUCAUGCUCAUCAGCUUCCCCGGAGAGAUACUCAUGCGCAUGCUGAAGAUGCUCAUCCUACCUCUCGUCAUCUCCUCACUCAUCUCAGGCCUGGCCGGUCUGGACGCGAAGUCGUCGGGUAAGAUGGGUUCCCGCGCGCUCGCCUACUACGCCGUGACGACGCUCAUAGCAGCCAUGAUCGGCAUCAUCCUCGUUAUCUCGAUCCAUCCCGGAAACCCGGACAUCAAGAAGAACGUGGGCGAGGGAACCGAGAGCAAGUCUGUAUCCACGCUGGACGCGUUCCUCGAUCUGAUCAGGAACAUGUUCCCUGAGAACAUCGUGCAGGCGUGCUUCCAGCAGGCUCAGACCGGCUACGAGAAGGUUUAUCCGAAGAUCAUCAAGGCUACGGCGGAGCCACCUAACACGACCCUGGACGGAAUAUUUGAGAAUACGACUGAGCGCGCGUACAAGCUGGAGAGAGUGAUCGGCUUCAAGGUCGGCACCAACAUCUUAGGACUGAUUGUAUUCUGCACUGCGUUUGGCAUCAUGAUCAGCUCCAUGGGGAAGGACGGACGCCUGAUGGUGGAAUUCUUCAGCGUACUGAAUGAGGUCGUCAUGAAAGUGGUCAUCCUUGUCAUGUGGUAUUCACCUCUUGGUAUCAUGUUCCUGAUCAUUGGUAAGAUCUUGGAGAUUGACGAUUUGGCAACGACUGGCAGACAGCUGGGAAUGUACAUGGUGACGGUUAUAUUGGGGCUGGGCAUACACGCGAUAUUCGUCCUGCCUGGUAUCUACUUCAUCAUAUGCCGGCGCAAUCCAUGGACGUUCUUCAAGGGAAUGCUGCAGGCCUGGGUCACGGCUGUCGGCACUGCAUCCAGUCUCACGGCGACGGCUGCAUCUAUUGGAGCCGCCAGCGUGCCGAGUGCGGGCCUGGUCACCAUGCUGCUGGUACUCACCGCCGUCGGCCUGCCCACGAAAGACAUCAGUCUUAUCGUAGCCGUCGACUGGCUCCUGGAUAGAAUUCGAACAUCGAUCAACGUACUGGGUGACUCGUAUGGUACAGCGAUUGUCGCUCACCUUUGCAGGCACGAGUUGGCCAAGAUGGACGCCGAGCACCCGGACUUUGGACGUCGCUACAGCUCCGUGGCCUACGGCCGCGACGAGAGGGCGAGGAACGAGGAGGAGAUGAGGCCCCUGCGCAAGGGCGACGAGGCCGGCGACCAGCAGAUUAAGACGCACCCCGGCGACCAGCCGACGAUCUACCCCAACGUACCAGGCAACUCCGCCGACACCAACAUCUAGGCUAGCUUCCAGGAGGAGGAGCGAGGCAAAGGAGGGGGAGAGGCCCGGAGAGCGGUGGGACGAAGACUGAAGCUUUUUAGCUUGAAUAGAGGGCAUGGAGGAGUCUCACGAAAGAGAGAGGGGGACCGGGAGAGAGAGGAAGCGAUAAAUAGAGGGGAGAGAGGGAGAGAGAGUGAGAUGGAAAGGGAGGAUCAGAAUACCGAGAGGGGGUGUGCUGGAGUAGAGGAGAGAGCACACGCCCGUGCGUAAAUCUCGGCGAGUACAUUUUUAUAAGCGCUGCGGUUUUUUUUCGAUCGUGAAAAGUUCAUCGUCGUGACACGUUUCUAUUGCCGUGGUCGUCAUCGUCGUCGUCGUCCUCCGUAGGUGUUGUUGUUGUUGUUUGUUUACUUGUUUCUUGUGACUCUGCUGAGCAAAUGCAUCACCUCUCUAUAACGGAGGUGAUGUUAUUGAUCAGUCGAGGCAAAACACGAGGUUAUAAGGUUAUCGUGGCACACCUUACACCGAGCGUACACUGGUCAGUGCAUGUCAUACGUGCAUUGGUUGUACCCACCGUUGCCUUAGUAACGCUCCCUCCGUAUCAUGCUGCUUCCAUCGUGCCCAUGAUGAUGAUGGUGAUGAUGAUGAUGAUGAUGAUGAUGAUGACGAUGAUGAUGACGAUGAUUGCGUGGGGUUGACAUGCGUUGUAGGGGAAAUCUAACUAUCAUUGAUCACAUGUUAUAUAUAUAUAUAUACAU